AGUUCCUGUGGGAGCGCGUCGGGGGGAGCCGCGAGGAGCGCGCGCGCCGGGCCGCGGGAGAGGUGCCAGUGUCGAUCCCUCUCGGUGUAUGUGUGGUAACAACAUGUCUGUCCCCCUCCUCGCCGACGCCGUCACCGUCUCAGGGGCAGAGCGGGAGACCGCCGCGGUCAUUUUCCUACAUGGCCUUGGAGACACGGGGCACAGCUGGGCCGAUGCGCUCUCCUCCAUCCGCCUGCCCUACGUGAAGUACAUCUGCCCUCACGCGCCCCGGAUCCCCGUGACCCUCAACAUGAAGAUGGUGAUGCCCUCCUGGUUUGACCUGAUGGGGUUGACUCCGGACGCACCUGAGGAUGAAGCUGGGAUCAAGAAAGCUGCAGAAAACAUUAAAGCAAUCAUUGAGCACGAGAUGAAGAACGGGAUCCCCCCGAACCGCAUCAUCCUGGGGGGCUUCUCACAGGGCGGUGCCCUCUCGCUGUACACGGCUCUCACGUGCCAGCACCAGCUGGCCGGGAUCGUGGCGCUCAGCUGCUGGCUCCCGCUCCACAAGGCCUUCCCACAGGCGGCCAACAACGGCGUGAACAAGGACAUCGCCAUCCUGCAGUGCCACGGGGAGCUGGAUCCCAUGAUCCCCGUGCGCUUCGGGGCCCUCACUGCCGAGAAGCUCAAGUCCGUGGUCACCCCGGCCAAGGUGCAGUUCAAAACCUACCCCGGAGUGAUGCACAGUUCCUGUCCUCAGGAGAUGAUGGCGGUGAAGGAGUUCAUCGAGAAGCUGCUGCCCCGGAUCUGAGCGGAGCCCUGGGGACUGUGGCAGGGGAGGGUUCCGCUGUCGCCGCCCGUGUGUCCCUGUGACCCGCCCAGCCACGGUCCCCCCGCGCAGUCCCGACACCCCCAGCCGCGCCCGCGUCCCCUCGCCUGGGGCUGCCCGGCUCUCCCGCUGCUCCCGGAGCCAGGCGAGCCCGCAUCGGCCUUUUCUCUCCUGCGCUGGCUCCGAGCGGUUCCCGGGGGGGUCACGGUCCCCUCGGGCCCCCGCGGGGCCGGCACGGCGCGGGGGAGGUUUUCCCCUUGCGUUUGGGGUUUUUGUACCAGUAUUAGGGGCGGGACGGGGCUGGGGCACCUGGGGCUGGGAGCUCUGCCCUCGGCGGCUGCUCAGGCGACUCGCGGGUUUUCAGUCCGAGCUCAGGAACCCGGGACUCCCCUGCGGACGCCUCCAGGCGCCAGGGCGGGCUCUGCCCGGGGCUGGCUCGGCCAAAGGCUGCCCGGGGCCGGCAGGGAGGGUCAGGGCAGCUCCCGCACCUCCCGCACGCCUGUCACACACGCACACUCCCUUCCGCCUCGGCCUGGGGCAGCUCUGCCCUUGGAGAUAAUCACCUCCUUCCUCCUCCUCCUCCUCCUCCUCCUCCUCUUGUUGCUUUUACAAUCUCCAUCUCCUCCUCUGCCUCGCGGGGGUCCCGGGGCCAUCUCCCCCCACCCAGCCCAGCUCCGCACCCUGGGAGCCCCCAGCUUCGUUUACGCUCGUGGAGCCACCGGGCCCAUCUUUAAUGUCUUCUCUUGCUGCUACUUGUCCUUCCCUUUGGGCUUGGGCUGGCUCGGGGAUGGGGAGUGGUGUGGGGUCCCUGGACCCCGGGUUUGGCUCCUGGUGCAGCUGGAAGGAGCAGCUUUGCUCCCAGCCAUCAUCUCAGCAGCAUCUGAGCCCCGAGUGCUGCUGCGCCCCAUCCUCCGCUCCCGGGCCUGGGGGCUCUUCCCCCUCCAUGAACAAUCGCCAGUGUCCCUCACCUGUGGCUUGUCCCCUCCCCUGCUGGCAUCGUGCUGGGGCCCCGAAUGUCUCCUCUGGGGGGGCUCCUGGCUGACCCUCCCCUCACACAGGGCCCAGGGCAGUGGCUGUGGAGCGGCUCUGCCCUCACCUCACCCCUCUUCCCCCGGGCUGAGCCCCUGCCCGGGCUGAUCGUGGCUUUUGGAACAUCCCUGCAUUCCCCCCGGUGCCAGCGAGGCCUGGGGGGCUCUGGGGGGCUCUGGGGGGCUCAGCCCCAGCAGUCCUGCCCUCCCUGCCCGGGCUGUGCAAAGCAAUAACCGCCCUCUGGAGAGUGGAGCGUGGGGCCUGCCCUGGGCUUGGGGUUUUAGGUUUUGCCCCUUUUAGGAAGGCUGAAAGCAGCAGAGCUGCUGCUGCCCCUGCCCGGGCUCAGCCCUGCCGGCUCCUCUGUGCUGUGUUUGAGUGCUGCUGUGCCCCUGCCCCUCACGCCGGGCUGGGCUGGGCUGGCAGCUCCCAGGAGGGACCAAGGGCUGGUGAUGGAUGGACUGACCCGUGUGACUGUGAACUGGAACCGUGCGUGAUGGGGCCCGGGACCCCUCUGCAGAGCAUUCCUGCUCACUCCCUGCCCGAGCAGUGCCGGGAACCCGGGAGGGAGAACGGCUUCUCUCCAUUCCUCAGUACAACUUUGGGUUCUUCUCUUUUGAUUGUUUGGGUUGGUUGUUUUUUUUCUUUUUUGCUCUUUUUUUUUUUUUGGUUUUUCUUCUCUCUUGUCUUCCUUGUACAUGUUUGGGGUUUUUUUUUUUGUGUGUGUGUGCGUUCCACAGAGAAUCAAGGUGAAAUAAAUCCUCAACCUAUCCCUGA